UAGCGACAGUACUGACUGAUAGCACAGGAUUGAAGUUGUGUUCCACUUUCUUCCAGUCCGAGUGUUGAAAGCAGGGGUGAAUGAGUGACGUGGUGCCCCCCACAGCUCUCAGUGAAGUCCAGCUCCGCUUCCUUUGUCACGAUGACAUAGAGAGUGUCAAAGUACUGUGUGGUGAUUGGUUUCCAAUCGAGUACCCGGACUCAUGGUAUCAAGACAUCACCUCCAACAAGAAGUUCUUCUCCCUCGCUGCCACCUUCAGAGGGAGCAUCGUGGGAAUGAUUGUGGCCGAGAUCAAAAGCCGGACCAAAGUACACAAAGAGGAUGGAGACAUCCUGGCCUCCAGUUUUCCUGUGGACACACAGGUGGCCUACAUCCUCAGCCUGGGCGUGGUCAAAGAGUUCAGGAAACAUGGCAUAGGCUCCCUGCUGCUGGACAGUCUGAAGGAGCACAUCUCAACCACAGCCCAGGACCACUGUAAGGCCAUCUACCUGCACGUCCUCACCACCAACACCACUGCCAUCCACUUCUACGAGAACAGGGACUUCCGGCAGCACCACUACCUGCCCUACUACUACUCCAUCCGCGGCGUCCUCAAAGACGGCUUCACAUAUGUGCUCUACAUUAACGGAGGUCAUCCACCUUGGACAAUAUUUGACUAUAUCCAGCACAUCGGUUCCACUCUGGCCAGCCUGAGCCCCUGCUCCAUCCCUCAGAGGCUGUACCGCCAGGCCCAGUCCCUGCUACGCUCUCUGCUGCCCUGGUCCAACAUCGCCUCCAAGACCGGCAUCCAGUACAGCAGAACCAUGUGACGCAGUGCACGCCGGAGCUACGCAGCGUCCACGACAUCUGUGAUUUUUUUUAAACUUUCUCUUCGUCCCUUUUUUUCAUGUUUUUUAAAGAGCUCCGCUACCCUGCUCCCUGCCAGUCUUCCCCUGUACAGACAUCCGUUCACAACAUUCUCAGUCUUAUGUGGCUUCUCUCUGCCUGUGUUUGACGAAAUGACUCAGGUUUUAUGUGUAUUUCAUAGAUUCAGAACACAUUUAGCAUGGGAUUCUGUACUCACUCAUAUACAGGGUUACAUUUAUACUUUCAGGUGGUGUUCUUCAAGAGAAACCCACAAGAUGUUUCACUUCCUAUACGUGUGUGUAUAUAACACUAUCCCAUCGUUACUCUACCUGUAAUCUCUGUUUACCCUGUCAUUCCUCAGGCGAGCUGCGUCAGACUUGCAUUCAGGCCGGACAGCAGAGAGGAACAGAGUCUGGUACAGAUAGUAGUUUUAUUGUGAAAGGGUAACACAGGAGGAGACAACAGGCCUAACUCUGUUAGCUCCUUUUUCAACCACUGUCAGAGACUAUAUAUUCUAUUUGUAUAUACUAUUCUUAGCUAAUAUAUAAAUUUAUUU